UCCGAAACCCAAAUACCCCACACACACACACACACCCCACCCACAAAAUACACAUCCGCACAACACAUCCGCACAUUACAUCUGCACAUCUCCCCCUCAAAAUGGCCACUUCCGGUCUGAUCCUGCUCUCCAUUUUUCUCCUGAGCGCCAUCAUCACAUCCGCCCAGCAGAUCAAAGAAAGUGAAAAGGAGAAGGAAUCCGAGAGAAGCGUACGAUUAUUGGAUCGAUUCGAUAACCGAUACCCCGACGGGAGUUACGAGUAUCGAUUCGAAUUGGACGACGGAACGGCGCGUUAUGAGCGCGGAUACUUCGUCAAGAUCAACGAGGUGAAGACCCUAAUUGUUGUGGGAUACUACUCGUAUCGGAUGACCGACGGUCGAUACAUCACCGUAUUCUACAACGCCGAUCAGUUUGGCUAUCGGCAAAAUCAGUCGAUCACGCCGCAAGUGUAUCCCAACCUGCCGCGCUCCAUCGAGGUGCCCUUGGCCAGCGAGUUGUCCAGCGCGGAAUCGGAUACCAAUUUGCUUACCCAAACCCAAACCCAAUACCAAUCCCAAUCCCGGUUGGAGUCCCAUGGAGUUCCAGCUAUAACGACGACUACGCCGCGGGGGGCGGGGACGAAUCGUAGGGGCCGCUACUGAGAUCCAGUAAUUGCACACCAUCCUCAUUACUUUUAUGGCUCCUUCAUCGUUUUUUUAUUUUAUUUUUU